GGGGAGGGAUCCAGCCGGGCAGGGGGUGGAGUCUUAUUCCAGACUAGUUUCGUUUUCCGGGUGUCCCGCUUUCCGCUCCCAGCCCUGCGCAUCCCGCGGGUCCUCUGCGUCCGCGGCCGUGCCCUUUUCGCGGGCACAGCUCAGGCCUUCCCUGCCCCCGAGACAGCGGGGCGAGGCGGCCAGUGGACAGAGGCUGAUCGAGGCGCAGCUGAUGCCCCCGAGCUAAGACGCCAGCGUGGGGGUGGCGGGAACGAUGACCACGCUCACGCGACAGGACCUCAACUUUGGCCAAGUGGUGGCCGACGUGCUCUGCGAGUUCCUGGAGGUGGCCGUGCACCUAAUCCUCUAUGUGCGUGAGGUCUACCCGGUGGGCAUCUUCCAGAAGCGUAAGAAGUACAACGUGCCUGUCCAGAUGUCCUGCCACCCGGAGCUGAACCAGUACAUCCAGGACACGCUGCACUGCGUCAAGCCACUCCUGGAGAAGAAUGAUGUGGAGAAAGUGGUGGUGGUAAUUUUGGACAAGGAGCACCGCCCAGUGGAGAAAUUCGUCUUUGAAAUCACCCAGCCUCCGCUGCUGUCCAUCAGCUCAGACUCCCUGUUGUCUCAUGUGGAGCAGCUGCUCCGAGCCUUCAUCCUGAAGAUCAGUGUGUGUGAUGCUGUCCUGGACCACAACCCCCCAGGCUGUACCUUCACAGUCUUAGUGCACACAAGAGAAGCUGCCACUCGCAACAUGGAGAAGAUCCAGGUCAUCAAGGACUUCCCCUGGAUCCUGGCAGAUGAGCAGGACGUCCACAUGCAUGACCCCCGGCUGAUACCCCUAAAAACCAUGACAUCAGACAUUUUAAAGAUGCAGCUCUACGUGGAGGAGCGAGCUCAUAAAGGCAGCUGAGUGGCGCCUGCUGUCCACGGAUGCCGCGACUGAAGGACUCGGGGGCCCCAGCCUGGGGCGGCGCUGCAGGGCCACUGAUGCCAAGCGCUCUUAUUGCCUCUGUGUGUGGACCGCCCUCCUCCAGCCUGGGGCUGCUCAGGUCUGGUUGCCUUCACUGAGGGCUUCUGCAGAGGAGGGCAGGGAAGGGCGCUGGGACCACGAUGUCUCAGCCUCCUGGAUUCGGCCGGCCAACACUGUCUGUCUCCAAUA